CAACACACCAUGCCAAAGGCCACCUCGCAGACCUUUACGCGCAACCACGGCCUCGCGGCGGCCUCACAGCGUCCCGCCAAGGGCGCGCUCGCGUCCGCUUCGUCGUCUUCGUCCGGCGAGGCCGCCAGCGGCGCGAGGAACCAUCUGUUCAAUACGGAGCGGUUUGGACAGCAUAUCUUGACGAACCCGUUGGUUGCGCAGGGCAUCGUCGACAAGGCCGAGCUCAAGCCCUCGGACGUGGUCCUCGAAAUCGGCCCCGGAACAGGCAACCUGACCGUGCGCAUCCUCCCCGCCGUGCGCAAGUGCAUCGCGGUCGAGAUGGACCCGCGCAUGGCGGCCGAGGUGCAGAAGCGCGUGCUCGGCACGCCGAUGCAGAAGAAGCUCGAGAUUGUGCUGGGGGAUUUCGCCAAGGCGGAUCUGCCGUACUUUGACGUGUGCAUUUCCAACACGCCGUACAGUAUCUCCUCCAUCAUCGUCUUCAAGCUCCUCUCGCAACGCCCCGUGAUCCGCUCCGCAGUCCUCAUGUUCCAGCGCGAGUUCGCCCUCCGUCUCUGUGCUGCGCCCGGCAGCAAGAUGUGGUGCCGCCUGGCUGCCAACGCGCAGAUGUACGCGCGCGUCGACCACGUCAUGAAGGUCGGCAAGGGCAACUUCCGCCCGCCGCCCAUGGUCGAGUCGAGCGUCGUGCGUAUCCGCCCCAUUGACCCGCCCCCCGCCGUCAAGUUUGAAGAGUUUGACGGCCUCAACCGCAUCGUCUUUUCCCGCAUGCACAAGACGCUCCGCGCGUGCUUCAAGGCCAAGGGCGUCAAGGAGAUGGUCGAGAAGAACUACCGCACGUGGUGUGCCGAGAACGAGCGGCUCAUCGAAGACGAGUUUGACGCUUGGUCCCUCAUCGACGAAAUCCUCACCGAAACCCUCGUGCCACCAAAAACCCUCGACGAGGACGAGGUCUGCCCCUCGUUUGGCGACUCGCGCGCUGCCGUCCUCUCUGGCAACGACCUGCUAGAACUCCUCAAGACUUUCAACCUCCGCGGUAUCCACUUUGCUUAG